AUGGUUUUUUGUUUUUUAGAUAAUGUCUUUUCCCAAGGCAAUUUAUCUUAUCGAAAAAUGCUCCUUGAUCCGAAAUCUGCAUCACUCUAUGUAGGAGCAAAUGGCAAUUUAUUCAAAUUGUGGGCUUAUAAUAUCAAUGAGACAAUCGAUGGAUUGUAUGCGCGUGUGGAAUUAUCUGUGUCUGACAGAGUUAAUGAAGAAUGCCGUCAGAUGGGUCACAUCGAAUGUGUAAAUGGAAUUCGUUUAUUAUUUUUAACGGAAGAUCGUCAGACUUUACUCGUUUGUUCUUCCAAUGCAAUUAAGCCACAGUUACAUGAAUUCGACGCUAAAGCGCUCCAGCAACGCACAUUCCCAGAAAAUGUUAUCGGUAUUUGUUCGCCUGACCCGCAUAUGAAUACUACUGCGAUAUAUGUCGAGUGGGGUAACCCUGGUAAUAUUCCAUCUUUCUAUUCGGGUAUUCGAACUGGCUUGUCGCUUGAUAAUCAUUUAAUAUAUCGACCUCCUCUUAUGUUGGAUAAUAAGGAAAUAUAUUCAUCUGUUCGAACCAUUUACACCGAUUCAAAGUGGCUGAAUGGUAUUAAUUUUCUUAUUGAAAAACCCCAGUUUGUUGCAUCAUUGAGUUCGGGUAACUAUGUUUAUUUCUUUUUUCGUGAGGUCGCUCUUGAACAUGGCAAUUAUGAUCGUGUAAUUUAUUCGCGCGUUGCAAGGCUUUGCAAGAUGGAUGUGGGUGGAAAAAUUGUUCUGAGGCAAGUUUGGACUAGCUUCGUAAAGGCUCGAUUGAAUUGCUCGAUUCCUUCUCAAUUCCCAUUUUACUUCGAUCAUAUUCAAUCCGUUUAUUCAGUGGAAGAUUCAUCAGAUACUCUUAUUUAUGCCACUUUAACUGCUUCUGAUAUUCUUUUUGGUGGUAGCGCUGUUUGUAUUUUCUCACUGAAUGCCAUCAAUCAGCUUUUUGAUCAAGGCGUUUUUAUGGAAAUAUCGACUUCGAGUAGUAGCUGGACAAUAACAGCUCCCGAAGACAUUCCUGUUUAUCGUCCAGGCAGCUGUUCGCCAAAUUCGGCAGAUAUCCCUGACGGUGACCUUCAUUUUGCCAAAUCUCAUCUUUUGAUGGCAGAUGCGGUUUCUGGUGCAACACUUCUGGCUUUGCCAAAUGAACUUUUUACUCAUAUUGUGGUCGAUGUUGUUGGUGAUUCAAUCUAUGUUGUUUUUGUUUAUUCUCAUCAUUCACGAACGUUACAUAAAUUUAUUCACUGGAAUGGAAUUACGGAACCACGAUCGAAGCUCUUGAUUACCUAUUCUCUUUCAACUCCAUUGCCGGCUUUUUCUAUAACAAUAUUACCAGGGGAAUUUUUAUACUUUUCCGAUGAACAAAUGGUGUCACAGUAUUCGCUUGCACAAUGCAAAAGCUAUACAACUUGCGCCAAAUGUGCAAUUGAUCCUUAUUGCUCCUGGAAUUCUGCUCGUUCGCUUUGCUAUAAACGCAACACCGAUCAUAGUUCGGCUAUAGGGUGGGUGAGCGUUGGUCCUGAAGAUAAUAACAAAUGUGCUGCUAGCAUUAAGCGAAUUUCAAUGAAAGCAUAUCAAGGUGAUGCACUCCAUCUUAUUUGUGAUUCAUUGCCUACAUUAUGGAAAUUCAACGAUGAAAUAAUUCAGUCUUCAACGCAAAAAGUUUUUACUAUGGCAGGUGGUAUGGUUCUUUUCAAUGUUUCCAGCUUGGAUAAUGGAGUUUAUGAAUGCUCUUCCAACGAUGAUGUAGUUGUUUUAUACGAUAUUGAAAUCGACGAAACAGAAUGUGCACAGCCGACUACCUUAGCCCAGUUCCAGUCAACAUAUCGAGAAUGGUGUCGCAAGUUUUCUAAUUAUAAAUUGUCUAUUGACAGAUGGCAGAGGUGGUAUGAUAGAAAUGUAUGCGCACUGUACGAAUCAAAAAGAUAUCGAUGA